UUUCUGUUCUCUCCCCCCUCAGGAUAUGGCCACGCCGCCCCCAGCACAGACGGAGGGAAGGCCUUCUGUAUGCUCUACGCUCUCCUGGGCAUCCCUCUGACUCUGGUCAUGUUCCAGAGCGUUGGUGAGCGCAUCAACACCUUUGUCAGGUUCCUGCUCCACCGGCUGAAGAAGUGCCUUGGACUGAGACACACGGAGGUCUCCAUGGUCAACAUGGUGACCAUCGGGUUCAUAUCCUGCAUGAGCACACUGGGCGUGGGGGCGUUUGCUUUCUCCCACUUUGAGGGGUGGAACUUCUUCCACGCCUUCUACUACUGCUUCAUCACCUUGACCACCAUUGGCUUUGGGGACUACGUGGCGCUGCAGAAGGAACACGCGCUGCAGAACAAGCUGGAGUACGUGGCCUUCAGCUUCAUCUACAUCCUCACCGGCUUGGCUGUGAUUGGAGCGUUCCUUAACUUAGCAGUGCUGCGAUUCAUGACCAUGAACGCUGAGGACGAGAAGAGGGAUGCGGAGCAGAGGGCCCUGCUCGCACAUAACGGUCAGGCAGGAGGACACGUCAACUGUUCCACAGACCCCGCCUCCUCCUCCUCCACGCCUACUGGAUGUGGUGGAGGGAAUGCAGUCGGAGGCAGCGGCGGAGGCACGGCGAGCCGAGGCCUACGCAACGUGUACGCCGAGGUGCUCCACUUCCAGUCCAUGUGCUCCUGCCUGUGGUACAAGAGCAGGGAGAAACUGCAGUACUCCAUACCCAUGAUCAUCUCACGAGACCUGUCCACCUCGGACACCUACAUGGAGCAGGGGGAGGCUUUUUCCAACCCUCUCCACUCUAACGGCUGUGUGUGCGGCCUGCAGCGUCACUCAGGCAUCAGCUCGGUUUCUACAGGUCUGCACAGCAUCAGUAACUACAGAAGACUUAAUAAACGCAGGAGCUCCAUUUGAACAGGAGGACUUGGUUCUCAAAGGGUCAAGACUCUG